AUGACCAUGGAUAAGCCGACGAUGCAUAUGCUCUCCGUUCAGGAGAAAGGGGGAGAAACGAGGAAGGCGAACCAGUAUCUGGCAGCUGUUGCUGCUGCUAUUGGCGCUGUGGCCGCUGGUACUAUCCUGGGAUGGACGUCACCAGCCUUACCCCAACUGGAACCUCCGAAAAACAUGAGUGAAUUCGCUCCAGAGAGAGACAUCUUCGAGUUAAACACGACAUCAAAUGUGACCGAAAUUUUAAUCAACUCUUUAGGACAACAGACUGAUCUUCUCUUGGACACUAAAGAAAGUUCUUUAGUAUCAUCAGUGCUGGCGAUAGGAGCUGCCAUCAGCGCCCUGCCGAUUGGUGUCUUUGCACAGCAGUACGGUAGACGACCCACCAUCCUCAUAUUGGCUGUACCGUUUAUAUUGAGCUGGCUCCUCACGAUAUUCGCUAAUGGCGCUGGUAUGCUGAUCGCUGCUCGGUUCUUCGCUGGUCUUGCUACUGGUGGUAUCUGCGUAGCAGCACCCAUGUAUAUCGGUGAAAUAGCAGAGACUUCGAUCCGCGGGUCUCUCGGCGCCUUUUUCCAGCUAUUCUUGACUGUUGGGAUUCUGUUCACCUUCGUGGUUGGAGGCUGGACGCAUUGGAGAACCCUCUCUAUUAUAUCUGCUGCUAUACCGGUUUUGCUUAUUGUUGUGUUUUGGUGGAUGCCCGAGACUCCUCAGUAUUUGCUGGGAAAGAACAGACGGCGCGAUGCUGAGAAGGCGCUUAGGUGGCUCAGAGGACCGGACGCUGACCUCACCACUGAACUUGAAGAUAUGCAGAAGGAGGUGGACAACGCAUCUCGCCUCCAAGGUGGUAUCCUGCAUAUGCUGACAAACCGCGCGCCCCUCAUGGCCUUCAUCUGUUCCCUUGGCCUGAUGUUUUUCCAACAGUUCAGCGGAAUUAACGCGGUCAUUUUCUACACCAACCAGAUCUUCGCUUCAGCUGGAUCAGAUAUCCCAGCUGUCAUCGCCACCAUCAUAGUCGGUGUUGUCCAGACAAUCGCUACCUACAUUUCUUCUCUGCUGAUCGAGAGGGCUGGCCGUAGGAUACUCCUCCUCCAGAGCUGCAUCAUAAUGGGACUCUGUCUUAUCAUCCUGGGUACAUACUUCAAAUUGCAGGAGGACGGAGCUAACGUUUCUUCUGUGGGUUGGAUCCCCCUGGUCUGCUUGGUUCUCUUUAUUAUCUCUUUCUCUCUAGGCUUCGGUCCCAUACCUUGGAUGAUGAUGUCUGAGCUAUUCCCUGUCGAGUUUCGAGGUACGGCAUCUGGCAUUACUGUGAUCACCAACUGGAUGUUGGUCUUCAUAGUAACCCUGUGCUUUCCCUUGAUGAAGGACGCGAUAGGGAUCUAUAGUUGUUUCUGGUUCUUCGCGGGUUUCAUGAUUGUCUGUGUUUUCUUCGUCUUCUUCUUGAUACCCGAGACUAAAGGGAAGACCGUCUCGCAGAUACAGACUAUACUCGGUGGAAAAGCAUAG